AUGAUGACCAUGAACGGCAAACAGCAUUUCUCCAUGCACCCGGCUCUGCACGAGCCCAAGUAUCCCGGCCUGCACUCAGGCUCGGAGGGCAUGCGCAGAGUCUGUCUGCCCGCCCCGCAGCUGCAGGGCAAUAUAUUCGGAGGCUUUGAUGAGAGCCUGCUGGCACGGGCAGAGGCUCUGGCAGCUGCUGACAGCAUUGUCUCUCACGGCAAGAGUCACCCGUUCAAACCAGACGUGACUUACCAUACCAUGAGCAGUGUCCCCUGCACCUCAGCAUCCUCUUCUUCCUCCACCACGGUGCCCAUCUCCCACGUCCCCUCCGCCAUCGCCUCCCACCACCAUCACCACCACCUCGGACAGACCCUGGAGGCCGGGGACCUCCUGGACCACCUCUCCACCAGCCUGUCCAUGACCGGGAUGGGCGCUCCGGAGCCUCCCGGGAUGACAACGUCGGCGCACCACCACCAGCACCCUCACCACCACCUGCAGACCAUGGGGCAGCUGCACCAGGCGAUUGCCAACAUGGCCCACCCUCACUCUCUGUCCGUGCACGGCGGCAUGGCAUGCGUCAACGACGUGGAGUCGGAUCCCCGGGAGCUGGAAGCCUUUGCCGAGCGGUUCAAGCAGAGAAGGAUCAAACUCGGGGUGACCCAGGCAGACGUCGGGUCGGCACUGGCCAACCUCAAGAUCCCCGGAGUGGGGUCCUUGAGUCAGAGCACCAUCUGCAGGUUCGAGUCCCUCACUUUGUCCCACAACAACAUGAUAGCGCUCAAGCCGGUUCUCCAGGCCUGGCUGGAGGAAGCAGAGGCUGCGUACCGAGAGAAAAGCACCAAGCCGGACCUUUUCAACGGGAACGAGAGGAAAAGAAAGCGCACCUCCAUCGCCGCGCCGGAGAAGCGCUCUUUGGAGGCUUACUUUGCCAUCCAGCCUCGGCCUUCCUCGGAAAAAAUUGCGGCCAUCGCCGAAAAACUGGACCUGAAAAAGAACGUGGUCCGAGUGUGGUUUUGUAACCAGCGGCAGAAACAGAAACGAAUGAAAUACUCCGCGGUGCACUGA